UUCAGCAAUACACCACUAUUCGGCGUGUUACCUAGCGGAUAUCUACUUCUGUAUCAUUAUGGCGAUGGUGUUCAGUCCACGGCAAACGAUGACCGCUUGCGUGUCUUCAAUGAUUAUAUUGUUAUGUGUUCUUUUGUACUUCGAUAAAAACGCCCCGGCACGAAUACAUAUCAAGUCAGGAAUACCGCAGGACAAAGAGACACAGUCAUCGAAUAAUGUUGAUAAAUUAUCAACAAGUGAAUCCAAAGCUGACAUACAAGUGAUGGAUUCUAACGAGGCGUGGGGUUUAUUGAUGAAUUACAUCUCCACCGUAGAGUAUAACUGCAAGGACAAUAGACGUAUGGGUAAUGCCAAUGAUGGAGGAUGGAACGUGUGCAUGGACGUCAACAUCGACCCUAAAAAAUGUAUUACAUAUUCUGUCGGAGUUGGUCAUGAUUGGAGUUUUGAUAAUGCCAUGUCCGAAUAUGGGUGCAAUGUAUACACAUUCGAUCCAACAAUUGGCAUGGACGAUCACAAGCACGCUGAAAAGGUUUGGUUUUAUAAUAUGGGGCUGUGGGACGAAGAUUUGGAUGAUAUGAAAGUAAAAAAUGGCGAGACCUGGAAAUGUCGAACUCUUCAUUCAAUAAGGCACAUGCUUCAUCAUGAAAAUGUGAGUAUUAUUAUAAAAGUGACCGGACAUU